UUACACAUUUACAACAUUAAUUGCUGUGAUGGCGUUAACUGCUAAAUUAGAUUGCAUGCAUACAGGUUUAGACUACAUGGUUGAAGUUCAAGGGCAAUAUUUGGCUUUUUUUUUUCUUUUAGUAAGAGCUCUGGUCUGGAUGCAGCCGUAAAAUGGAUGUGUUGCUUUGAAAUUAGUUAGGCUAGUUGCAUUGCAAAAAAGGAAUUAUACAAAUAACGUUUCCUAAAUAACAACUACGAAAAAAAGGGAUAGGUACUGCGGGUUGCGUGUUAAAGCAACCAAUACACACUGUUGUCAUAUGUCUAUAUUCUUAACAACUGAUAAAUCUGUCCAAUUAUUUAUACAAUUGUUAAUAUAUACUAUGAUAAUUUGAUUCAGUAUGGGUCUGUGUUAUGCUAAAAACCUCAUGGUCUGUCGGUUACUAGUAGCAACAGCAACGUUCUCUUGGUAUUUAUUUAUUUGGUCAGCAGGUGUUUGUAAUGCUUUUUAAAAUAGUAUUUCUAAAAUAGCAGAUAUAUUAUUAUGCUAUUGCAUGUUGUGUUGUAAAUGACGCCAAUCACAACGGGCAAUGCAGUGCACAAAACAAUUGCUUACCGGUGUAGUGUUAGAAAGUAGUGCAUCGUCAGAAUGUGGUAGGUGCCCCAAACACGACCUGUGUAAUGCCAGAAAGCGGAACACUCUCAAAUUUUGGUACAUGUGCAAUCAAUUGCUAUCUGAUGGGUGUUUUGCUGUUGUCAAAAAGAGGUACAAAGGUCACCCUGGCAACAUGGAUGUGUCCAAUCACAGUCUGGCUCUUUUGCAGCAGCUGAACAUUCAGCGAGAGUUUGGCUUCCUGUGUGACUGCACAGUGGCGAUAGGCAACGUUUACUUCAAGGCACACCGCGCUGUGCUCGCUGCUUUCUCCAGCUACUUUAAGAUGAUAUUUAUUCAUCAGACGAGCGAAUGCAUUAAAAUACAACCUACCGAUAUCCAGCCAGAUGUAUUCAGUUACCUGCUCCACAUCAUGUACACUGGAAUCGGCCCAAAGCAGCAAGUCGACCAGAGCCGCUUACAGGAAGGGAUUCAAUUCCUUCACGCCUUUCAGCUUUACCGUAACGUAAGCACAGCAAACCAGGAGGCUGCUUUGGAUGCAGUAAAAAUGUCAAACCUCUACGGGAUCCAGAUAUCAUCGCAGAUGACAGCCAAAGAAACCCUGGGGCUGAAGGACAGUCAGUCGAUGGGCUUGGAGGUAGAGAGAGCUAGCACUCCAGAUGAUCACUCACAGAUCCAGCUGCCCCUCGCUGUUGGGUUGGAGGGAGCCUCUUCAGACUUGCAGCUGUCUAACGUCCACCACGUUGCUUCUGCAACCUCCAGAGAGGAGACGGAAGUCUCCAACAUCUUUGUGACAAUAAAGCAGGAAAAGGUGGAGCCUGAGUUGGCCAAUGAGCCCCAAACCAGUUCUCCCCAUAGCCAGGAAAAUCAAAGCCCCAGUGACUUUAAAGGCGGCCUAAAAUCGUUGUUUUGUCACUAUUGUGGAGAGCGAUGCAGUUCCCGUAGCAGCCUGUGGGAACACCUUCACACGCACGCGACCGGCUCACUUCCUUUGGAUGUGCCGGGAGCCGUUUUGGAAAAUAACAACCUGGGGGUGGUGCAGAAAAUCAGUGAAGACUUUGACAGUCUGGAAGAUCGUCCACUACAGAGUUACCUCACCAGCAAGAACCCUCUUCUGCUUGAGCAGGCAGACGCUGGCAGCAUAGAGGAGGCAAUGUGCCACAGUCAGUCCCUGGCAUUAUCUUCAGAGGAACUGGCAGCAGAACUAAAAAACAGCAGUGCAUACUCCCGUAAACGAAAGAUUGCUUGUGUGAUCUGCAGCCUUAGGUUUGCGCAAAAGAGCCAAUUGCAGGAACACAUGUACACCCAUACCGGUAAACAUUCCCGCUGUCACAGGUACAACAGAGUUUGCAGUCAGCUGAUUCAAACAUCCCAUCAGUACUGUGAAAACCAGGCUGAAUAUACAGUAGAAGAAACCACUAGGGACACUCAAGACAACCUCAGUUCUUGCUAUUCUUUAGACUCUGAGGUUUCUCAAGAAAGUAUCGAUACUGUUCUCGUAGAUUAAACCCAAUUCCGGGACCUUUUCUUAGAUGGUAUGUGUUGAUUCUUUUGCCAAUGCAUCUUUUUUUUUGUUGUUGCUUCCCAUUGUGUGUCUCAUAAUGCAGCUCUUCAGUUUGGUGUGUCUAUUCUUGAAGCUGCUCUGUUGGUUCCAGUGUCUGUGAAGCUGUUUGUUUAUUAAUAGACUCUUCUGAAUUGAAAAGGAAAAUAUUGGAGUGACAAAAUUAGAAAUGACAAGAGUCUUAACCUUCGUAAGCUUUACUGCAGCUGCAUGUUAAAUUUCCCCUCUGAGGUCACCAGGGAUCAAUGCAUACUGUAAUGCAAUAGCCACCAUGAAAUGAUUAGAGAAUUGCAACAGUAGUCAUAACCAAGGUUGAGAUUUUAGAUAAUCUGCUUUCCUCUUAUUCUAGCUCAAGUGGACCAAAUUCAGUGGAGGUGUUUCCUCCAUUUGUUGUUGAUGGUGCAAAUGGUUGCAGGGUAGGUGCUGUGUGCAUACAUAAGAAGAGCUGCUCCACUUGGUCAUAACAUGUCUACAGUUAGCAAAAAUGACCAUUUUGAUUUCUCCAUGUGAGGGAGAACCAUGCCACAACGGGCUCUUAAAGAGACAGAAAAUUGAAUAAAAUGGAAUAGACUGUAACCUUAAAAAGGUUUUGUGUAUUAAAACUAAAAAAACUUAAUUAAACGGAAGACUAAAUAGGGUGUACAAAAUUAAAAAAUUAUCUCAUAAAUGUUAUUUGUUUUUUUUAAUUCUUGUCUUGUUUUCGUUUUUCAUGACAUCCUGAAACAUAUUUGUAAAACGCUGAGCAUGGUUCAUUCAUAUCAAUAUUUAUUUCUCCUAAAACCAUUAAAACAUGCUUUAAGUUAGUUCUCUACAAGGGCUUUUUGCAUCAUCAUCAAUGUGAGACAAAAGUAAGAGAGAGAGACUAAUUUGAUUAUUGUAUGCGAGUUUCACUGCAAUGAAAAAAGAACAUCAGACUGAUUGCAUUUCGUUAGCAGCAGCCAUUAACUCAACCAGCCCAUCACAAUGCAGUUGUCAGUAGGGAAGCUCGUACAGAAGGUGAUACUUAUUAUUAUUAUUAUUUAUUUCUUAGCAGACGUCCUUAUCCAGGGCAACUUACAAUUGUUACAAGAUAUCACACUAUUUUUACAUACAAUUACAUUAUUUUUUUACACAUUAUUUUUACAUACAAUUAUCCAUUUAUACAGUUGGGUUUUUACUGGAGCAAUCUAGGUAAAGUACCUUGCUCAAGGGUACAGUAGCAGUGUCCCCCACCAACCCCCAACCCCCAACCCCCAACCCCCAACCCUCCGGUCAAGAGUCCAGAGCCCUAACCACUACUCCACACUGCCGAUAAUGAUAAUAAUCAUAUUAGUCUCAAUCUCAUAACCAGAUUAAACUAAGGCAUAGUGCCAGUAUUUCUUGCUAAACUUGUUAGUUUCUGUACUUUCUAUUAAAGACAACUUUUUGAAUUGUUUUUUAAACCCAUUAUCAGCCUUAAAAGGCUUGUUAUAAGGGCUUUCCCACAACGAAAAGCAAUAGACGUAAACAAUUGAUGCAAAUCAUUGAUGUAAGGGGUCGAGCAAAAAUGUUUUAUUUUAUAUAUAGGUUACUGUGUAGAAGUCUUGCAAAACUACUUUUUACUGCUUUUACAGUAAUUGUGUAAUUUUAAAAUGGUGGUGUUCAUGACAUGUGAAACAAAAAUAAAAACAAAUGUGUGUUUUGUAACACACAGAAGUGGAUUUAGAGAGACAUACAGAAAUGCAACUUCCUCAAAAGUUUAUCUGAAUACAAUUCGAAAAAAAAAGUGCUAUUAGGCCUAAAAGUAGUUUUCUAGAUCCAUUCUACAGAUUACAGCUCUUCCAGAUUGUAUCAAUUCAAAAUUUUGGAUACAUUUUGGGUUUAAUCUAAAUUUAAAGGUGCAGUGUACCCAUAAAUACUUUAGACCUGAUCUAGUGUUAGAAAGUGGUACAUCGUCAGAAUGUGGUACACAUACCAAAACAUGACCCAUGUAAUGUCAGAGAGUGGUACGUGGUCAUGUUAAAAGUGGUACGCUGUCUUAUUUUGGUACAGGUGCAAUCAAUUGCGAUCUGAUGGGUGUUUUCCUAUUGUCAAAAAGAGGUAAAUUUACCAUUAAUUAUACAUUAUUUUUUUUUGUAAACUUAAACUGGAAACAGACAAUCAAUUUAUCUAAAAAGAAAAAAUAAUUCACGACAAACAAGACAAAAUGAGAAGUCCACUGCAAAAUUGCACAAAUUAAAAAAUGUACAAGGCCCAAUGUAUUGCAUAUGAUAAAUAUUUGCAUACUGUUUUCUUAAUGGUGAAAAAAUAUGAUAAAUUCAAUUAAAAAAAAAAGAUGUAAAAGACUGAAAACAGCAUAACAUACCAGAUUUGAAUAGGCGCUUCCCUGCUUUCUUAGCGGAAGUUUUUUAGACAUGCGCUGCGUACCACUUUUUAUCACGUACCUGAAAAUAACAAUACACCGGUUCUAUUUUUUUCUUUACAAUUAAACAUAUAUAUAUA